ACGCACCGAGGAAGGCAGCGCUGCUAUUGGAACAUAUUUCAGGCUGCUGGCUGAUGACGUUUCCUCCCAUCGCCUCCUGCCAUCCUGUCAGCCAGAGGUUACAGCAGCCGGGAAAACGCUCGCAAAUGAUAUUUCCACAAACAGUGCUGCCAGUUUAUUGUUCAGGUUUUUGUUCGGGUAUCUACAAAAUCUCACCGCUGGUAAAAAGGAAACUGCAGCAGCUUCUGUGUUUUCAAGGUUUCUUGUGGAGGUUGUUGGACGGGACAGCGGGACCAUCGACUGAGGUCUCCGGCGCAUUGCUCUACCCCUAUGCCAGCGAUGCUGCCCUGCCUGCGCACAGUCCUGCGGCCCGCCCUCUCUCUGAGAGCCGGGUCUGCGUUGUCCACAGCCGGACUCGGCAACCACCAAACCCCCGCCAGAGCGUCCUGUGCACCGUGCGACUCAGAGAAUGCUCUCUCCAUGCUGGGGCAGCGGAGGCACCUGGGCACACACCCGCUGAGGGAUAACGUGGACCCUCUCGACUCCCCCCGGGGAGCCAAGGAGUUUAUUUACACUCUCCAUCCGUCCGAGAGGAGCUGUCUGCUCAGAGAGCUGCACAAGUUCGAGUCCAUAGCCAUCGCUCAAGGGCAGAUCGAAGUUGCAGCACCUACUUCAGCAGAGCUCAAAUAUAUUCUGCUGCACAAUGCUAUCCCUUUUGUUGGAUUUGGAUUCCUGGAUAACUGCAUUAUGAUCGUAGCUGGCACGCAUAUUGAGUUAUCCAUUGGAGUGAUCCUCGGCAUUUCAACUAUGGCAGCUGCUGCUCUUGGCAACCUGGUGUCUGAUCUGGCAGGACUAGGGCUGGCAGGUUAUGUGGAGGCGUUGGCGUAUCGGCUCGGAAUGAAGAUUCCUGACUUAAGCCCAAAACAGGCUGACAUGUGGCAGACCAGAGUCAGCUCUCAUGCGGGCAAAGCCAUCGGUGUUGCCAUCGGCUGUAUUCUUGGCAUGUUUCCUCUUUUCUUCUUCAAGGACGAUGAAGAGAAGAAAAAAGGGCAGACGGAGGCGAAGGAGGAAACACAACCACCACCAGUUCCAACAGAGAGCAGCAAAAACUGAAGCGUACAUCUCCACUGAGACAAAUACUAUUUGAAAUCCAUUGCAAUAUUUUAAACUGGGACUGGUUGCGCUUGUCUGGUGGACUGCAGUGUAUGGAAAUGUCUUUGAACCCAUUACAGACUAAUCGCUGGGUACUUUACUUUCAAAGACCCAGUCAAACUAUCAAAGGUAUUCUGAGGAUGGUUUAGAUGUUAUUUAUUGUAGACUUUGAACUUGAGCACAGGGACCUGACUGUCUCUUGAAGAGACAAUACAUGAUUGAUUCAUUAGAGUGCUGCUACUCCAACCGUUACACCAUAACCUCAUCUUGUCUUGACUGACCGACACGAGCUGAAAUUAAUUAAUCUUAAAACACACGGCAGUGACUUCUUUCUCUUCUUCAAGUCUGUAGAAUAUAUAAUCAUCUGACUAGAUAUGGUUAGAUGGAAGGUAGUUGAAAGUUUGAGGGCUCUCUAAAUAUCAACAAACUUUGGUACCAAUGCAUUCAGAAAGAAAUACUGUACACAGCUUUUAGAAGUUGAAGAUUUCUCAUAGAUAUUGACUGAAACCCUAAUCUGAAUUCAUGGAGGAAGACUUAACAAAGAGGCAUGCUAAUGUCUUUAGUCAGCAGUGUUAAACUUAUUUUUAAUGAGUAUUUGAAGGUAAUGAGCCAAGGAAGGAGGGUCAGUUUUUGCAUAUGAAGAUGUACCCUUUCAUCAAGUACAUUACUCUUCUGUCUUACAAGCACGUCUGCCUUUUAAUGAUAACAAAGUCUUCAUAAGUCUUGCCUGCCUGCCUCAUUCACACUCCAUGACACCAGUCAGCUGCUUCAUGGGAAAAUAUUACUUCUUUAGAUGUUUAUGUUUGUUGUUGAUGAUGAACUUUAUACUGAUCACCCAAAUGAGUAACAUGCACCAAAUGUCUGCAAUGUAUACUGUGUGUUAAAAGGUAGGUGCAGUUUGUUCCUUUCUCAGAGGGGUUUAGCAGAAAGGAGACAAACACAGAGAGGCAGAGGGAGGAAGAAACAGAGAGUAGCUUUGCCAGAAAAUAAAUGCCAACACCGAACCGCCCUGAGACCUCUGUCCCUUCCUGCAGCUAUCCUCUGGCUCUGGUACAAAAUGAUUCAUCUCCUCGCCAACCUGCAGCUGAACCACAACACACUCCCAAAGCAUUGUGAGAUAGCAGCAGGCUUUUUGUCCAGUUUCUGUUAUGAAAGCAGCCUAGAAAACUCAGCCCGGUGGAUAUAAUUUGACUUCAAAGUAAAUAAGAUUGCUUUCCUGUUUUUAUUCUAGGAAAACUAGAUAGAUAGUUUUAUUCUAACACUAGUUCACUUCUAUCCUAUAUAAUAUUGUCUCUGCUCUGCUGCCCCCUUCUGGCUGAAAUUCAGAGAAAGUUUAGUUUAUUUUCACAUUAGCUUAUUAGCACUCUGUUUCUAGCCAAGUUCCACCGGGUUUAGGUAAUCACAUUUUCUCCCAAAAACGUAUUUGUCAUGUAUUUCAAUCAAUGCAAAUAAUUAGCAUUAUACAUCAGAUAUUAGACAGGUUUACAUCACCAUCCAUCAAAGUUGUAAUUCAGCUGUCACUGAACUCCUAAUUCAUCUUUUAAAUGGUUGUGUUUGUCACCUGCUCGGCACAGGUUGCUCAGCCCAUCAGAAAUGAAGUGAUUUAUUUAUAGCAUUGAAUCUGUUUGUUGAAGAAAUGAAAGGAGGCAGCCACAUGUCACUCUGGAAAACUUGCAGAAAAUGUAUUUAUUUUUGUUAAGAUAUUCAGACUUGUAUUCAUAAAAUGUUCUCACUGUAUGUUCUCUUUAUCUGAGAGGAAAUGUUAAGAGUGGAAAAUAUUUGCUAGCACAAAAACACCUUUGUUAGUUUAUUUUCAGCAGCAUUAUUUUACAGGAAGGACUUCUAAUUCAACCGAUCUCUCUCGAUGGUAACGUCCAUAACUAAACUGUCUUAAGAUGCUCUGAAGACUUACCCUGUCUCAGAUUGUUAUAGUUAUUUAUUAUGUGGGUAACAGUGAUCCUUAACAGUGAUAACAAUGGAGAAAAUAACUGAAGAUAUUUAUGUAGUUAGGAUUUUUGAUCUGAUUGCUUGAUUUCCACCCUGCAUGCAAUGCUAAUAAUAAAAAGAAAAAAGAAGGUGUACAUGUUUACUGUGUAAGAAUCAUAAAAAAGACAUUAAAUUACAAACAAGUAGUCGAUCACUGGAGGUGAUAAAACACAAGAAACUUGCUAUGCAAAAUGCAAAACAACUGAUUUUUUCAUUCUUAAAAUACAUGUUUUAUGGCUGACUAAACAGGAUAAGAGUAAGAAGUGAUUUCCAUUUUCGACAGCCAAUGAUAAACAGAUCUUUUUUAGCAUUGCAGAGGUUUGCAGUACGGAUAUUUGGACAUUAUGUCGACUUUUUGGAGCACAAUGUGAGGAGAAGCCUCUUCUUGAUAAGCAGGAUUUGAUAAUAGUAAUAGUUUCAAAUAAUAGUAGUAAUUUGCCGCCUUGCAUCAGAUCAUCAAAUUGCCUGUCUCAGUGCUUUAAGAUGUCUUUAGUGCACAGUCAGUCAUGGUAAGAAAAUAUAUUCUGUGUGAAAAUACUGUAAUUUGGAAGCUAUUAUCUCGCCUACUAAAUCUCUUUGUGUAAUUGGGAGGAGAGAGAAAAAUCAUCAGUUCCAAAAGCUCUGAGAAAUGUAUGCUCUUGUUAAAUGGUUAGAAUGAUAAAUCGAAUGACUGACAAACACAUUACACUUUUCUUCACUGGAUUCAUGUGAAAAAUACAAUGUGUUCCAAGCCAUGACUUCAUUCUUAAGGACUUUAUGACCUUAUAUUAUGCCUAUGUGUUGUUUUAUAUCACAUACAGUAUCAUACUUUAAGUUAACAACUUAAAUUACACUUGUUCAUCAAUUAAAUAUAGGUUUCCUUCCUUCCUUCUUUCUAUGAGACAUUCAGCCUUGCCAUGCAUCUUAUGCAUAAUAAUUAUAAUUAAAACAUCUCAAUAGUUUGUCAUUCUGUAUUCUAUUUUUAAUUAUGUAACAAC